AUGAGUGCAACAGCUCACAAGACGCCUAAAUCAGGGAGACAAUCUCUGCUCUUUCAAGAUUUAGCUUCUCCUGUUUCAGCACGCAGAGGGAAAUUCUCAACCCCGGGCCAGGCAGCUGCGGUAUCUGCACUAUGGCGUGAGAAUUUCGGAGGAUCGGAUCUUCCACCACCUCCGAUGUACACUUUAGAUGACCGGUCUGAUUUCUCUCCAGAGUCUGGCAUUGCAGACUACUCGGGCUCUCCGGAUCUCAAAUCUGAGAGAAGAACG